UAAACUUUCUUUUAUUUUCUACUUUCUUCAUGUCCUCUUAAAAAAAUUUGGGAAGAAAAAUAAUUGUACCAUUUUAAUUAUUAUUUCAUCAAAAAUGUCUGAUCAAAUGGAGGCAGGAUCAAAAAGAAGAUCUGCUGCUCUCUUGCCUAAUAAAAGAUUCCGGGCUGAAACUGCCUAUGUCAGCCCAACUGAAGGAAAUAAUUCUAGUUCUGCUGAAGUACAAGUAAAUGGAGAAACUCCCAGUGAUGAUUGCUCUGGCAAAUACUGUUAUAGAUGCAAGAAAGAAAUGAAUGGUCUCACUACUUAUAAACCUGAAGAAAUGACUUCUAAAGAUUACUACUUUGAUUCAUAUGCUCAUUUUGGUAUACACGAGGAAAUGUUGAAAGAUGAAGUUAGAACAAUGACAUACAGAAAUGCUAUGUACCACAAUAAACAUUUAUUCCGUGGAAAAACUGUUUUAGAUAUAGGAUGUGGAACUGGUAUACUUUGCAUGUUUGCUGCUAGGGCCGGAGCAGCUAAAGUAUUUGGUAUUGAAUGUUCAAGUAUUGUUGAACAUGCUGAACAAAUUGUGAAAGAUAAUCAUUUGGAUAAUGUUAUAACUAUUGUAAAAGGCAAGGUGGAAGAAGUUGAACUACCGGUAGAAAAAGUUGAUAUCAUAAUUUCAGAGUGGAUGGGCUAUUGUUUGUUUUACGAAUCAAUGUUAGAUACUGUGUUGUAUGCUAGAGAUAAAUGGCUGAAAUCAGAUGGUAUGCUGUUUCCUGAUCGAGCAACGCUUUUUGUCUUAGGGAUUGAAGAUAGACAAUAUAAAGAUGAAAAAAUAUCAUGGUGGGACAGUGUGUAUGGCUUUAAUAUGAGCUGUAUUCGUAAAGUUGCCAUUACUGAACCUUUAGUUGAUUGUGUGGAUCCUAAGCAAGUUGUGACUUCUAGUUGUUUAUUAAAGGAAAUUGAUCUGUACACAGUGAAAAAAGAAGACUUGUCAUUUAAAUCUCCUUUUCUCUUAUCUGUUCAAAGGGAUGAUUAUAUUCAAGCUUUUGUCACAUUUUUCAAUGUAGAAUUUACAAAAUGCCAUAAGCGUAUUGGAUUCUCAACAGCUCCAGGAGCACCAUACACUCAUUGGAAACAAACUGUUUUUUAUUUUGAUGAAUACUUGACUGUGAAACGGGGUGAAGAGGUAUAUGGUGUAUUUAGUAUGCAACCAAAUCCUAAAAACAAGAGAGAUCUUGAUUUCUCCGUUGAUAUUGAUUUCAAAGGAGAGCUUUCUGAGCUUUCUAGCUCUUUUAACUAUCGGAUGCGAUGAAGAGAUUCCGCUGCUGCUGUUUUUGUUUUCUCCAUCAAGUCUUUCAUUUCAAACACUCCAUAUUUCAUAAUUGUAAUUUGAUGUUUCGUCUUCCCCAAUUCGGACAUCCUAGAUAAUGGUUCAAUUUAAAAAAAAAAAAGUGUUUUAUGUUUUUGCAGUUGGAUACAGCUAGCUGUUAAUGGCAUUUAACUUAAUCUGCAUUCAUUCAUAUUUUAGCCUACAUUUAUGUGUGUUUGACAAAUAUACAUUAUUUGUUGAUGUAAUGUAAAUAAAUAGGUUUUUCACUUUGA